CACAAUGGCCGAGAUUGCUCUUGCCGUUGUCCCUAUCUUCUUCGGCGCUCUGAAGGGCUUUUCCAAGAUCCGAGAGAUGGCCCAUCUGCUGCGUCACUACCCAAAGGAGAUCACGGAUUUGCGUAACAAGGUUGACAUUCAAUGCAGAUGCUUCAAAACAGAGGUCUAUCAUCUCAUCAUUGACACUCUCGACGACCACGUCGCCCAGUCCAUCAUAUGGAAUGAGCACCAUGAAUACUGGAGGAAUGAGGCCCUUGGCGUGGCGCUUGAACAGCACCUUGGAGGGCUGUAUCACCACUACACGGAGACCAUGGAAAACGUCAAUGCAGAGCUGGAGGAGAUUGCAGCCAGCUAAGUGUUUUUGCAUCGCCAGAUAGCAAGUCAUCCAAGUUUAGGGAAACCAGGGACAGUUUUCGACUUGCCUUCAAGAAGGAGCAAUACCGUGAAAGCAUCCGCCAAAUCAAAGAGUGGAUUGCGCUGCUCAAGACGAUCAGAAAGCUCGCCCGGAAGAUGCCCAAGAAAGCCGAAGCCGCCAUCGUUAUCCAAAACGAAGCCGACCUCGAGAGCCUGCUAAAGCCAGCGCGCGAGAUACCCAAGCAGGACAGAGCCGCCACCGACAUCCAAGACGAAGACAAUCUUGAUAACCUGCUAAAGCAAUACGGAUCGAUACGACACCUGUCCUCCGGGCUUCAGUCCCUCGUCCGACGGCAGUGGAGUUGCUCCUAUUCUUUCCAUUCCCAUCACGUCAGCAGGUUGUUUCUUGAGCCGGAUUGGAAGCAGAAACGCGUCUUCUGGCUACUCGAGACAACCGGGCAACAAGGCCAUGCGGUGCUCAAGUUAGUGAGAAGCAGAUCCU